AGAAGAGCAACUGUCGACGGACUAUCCGAUUAAACAAAGAAAUCACCCGAAAAGUAAUGGUUGUUAUAAGUGAAACGCUCUUGCCAAAACGUCAGAGUAGACGAUUGCACUGAACUUUUCAGUGAUACACAUUGCUCUCUCAUAAGAACUUCUCAAAUAUUCUUCAUUCUUUGAGUUGUAUCCAUGGCUUAUCGUGUUAAUACUUGGUACCCAGGUUGGCUCUUCCAUAAUUUGAGGCACUUCUCAUAAUGGCAUCACCUACUCCUUCUUUGCCAGAUUCCUCAUUAUUUGGCUCUCCACAACUUAGUUCAUUUGGAGAUCAAACACAGCCUGAAAGUUUAGGAACUGAGUGUAGUCUUUGUCACGAAACUUUCACUGUUCCAAAAGUUUUGCCGUGCUUGCACACAUUUUGCCAGCCUUGUCUUGAAAAGGUCCAAGAAAAUCAUGAGAAAUUAACAUGUCCCAAAUGUGAGCAAGAUUGUUCUCUACCGUCUCAAGGAGUAUCCGGUUUUCCAUCCGAUUACGCAAUCAGCAACGUUUUAGAGACAUCUACUUUAGAAGGAUCACCAUUAUCUUGCACGGGCUGCAAGACUAAAGACACCCACGCUGUUGCCCGCUGUUUCGAUUGUGCUAAUUACUUGUGUGGAAACUGUGUCAUGGCUCAUCAAUAUAUGCACUGUUUCGAAGGUCAUCAUGUUGUAAAUCUUAAAGAGCAAUCGAGCAAAGACGAUUUUAAGACUGAUAAGCUCCUUUGUUGUCCACGUCACAAGACUGAAACAUUAAGAUUCUUUUGCAGAACUUGCAAUAUACCGAUAUGCAAGGAAUGCACAACUACUGAUCAUCCAAAAGGACUUCAUGAUUAUGAACACAUAUCAGACAUUGGUGCAAGGCAAGUCGAACAGAUUGCAGAGCUUGUUGAUCAAAGCAAAGCCAAAACUAAUGAUUUAAGAAAUGCUGCCAAAUCAGUUGAUCAUCUGUCUUCUCGCCUUCAAAUGCAAUAUCAUAAAGCUCAGGCUGAAAUCAAUGAUACGUUUAAUUUUUACUGCUCUGUAUUGGAAGAACGCAAAGAAGAGCUCAUGAAAGAACUUGAAGACCUCUACAACACUAAAAUGGUUUCAUUAAGCUUGAUAGAUAAUAAAGUGCAAGAAAUGGUCGAUAAUGUUAAUCAUAUAUCCAGUUUUGUCGAUCGCAUCAUGAAGUUUUCUAGCACCACAGAGAUCUUGGUUUUCAAGCAACUUCUUGAUUCAAAGCUACAUUGCGUAAUCUCUUACAAUCCUGAUGUAAAUAUGCAGUCUAUUGAUCUUGAGUUCCUGUCCAAUUACCAAGCCAUCCAAGUUGGUGUCAGAAACACUUUUGGAUAUAUUCGGCAUAGCUCUGAGGGCGCUCCUGCAACUAAACCACAACCAAUAGCACGACCAAAUGGUGUAGUCAAUUCGGAUCGCUCUUACCAAAAUGGACAUGCGUAUGAAUCUAACAUUAUAUCCAAAAGAUUUGGCUCUGCAAAUAGCCUCGGACCAUUUAAUACUAGCUUGAGUGACAUUAGUCCUUAUGAAAAAUGGUCAAGUGGACCAACAGAUAUCUUUCAAAACGGCUCUAGUGACUCGUUUCAUUUGAAUGUUGAUCCUGUUAUAGACUUUACUUCAAAAUUCAUUUCUGCUAGUAUGUAUCCCCUGAAAUCCCAAAUAAAAAGACAGAAAAUGAUCUACCACUGUAAAUUUGGUGAAUUCGGGGUAAUGGAGGGUCAAUUCACAGAGCCAAGUGGUGUUGCUGUUAAUGCACAGAAUGAUAUCAUAGUUGCUGACACCAACAAUCACAGAAUCCAAAUCUUUGAUAAAGAAGGACGCUUUAAAUUUCAAUUUGGAGAAUGUGGUAAGCGUGAUGGGCAACUUCUUUAUCCCAACAGAGUGGCUGUGGUUAAAACUUCUGGUGAUAUCAUAGUCACUGAAAGGAGCCCUACGCACCAAAUACAGAUCUAUAACCAAUAUGGACAGUUCGUUAGAAAAUUUGGAGCUAAUAUUCUUCAACAUCCACGUGGGGUAACAGUUGAUAUUAAAGGACGUAUAAUUGUAGUUGAGUGCAAAGUUAUGCGAGUAAUAAUAUUUGAUCAACUUGGCAAUGUUUUACAGAAGUUUGGAUGUUCUAAACAUCUGGAAUUUCCUAAUGGAGUGGUAGUUAAUGAUAAACAAGAAAUCUUCAUCAGCGAUAAUCGGGCACAUUGUGUAAAAGUUUUCAAUUACGAUGGUGUAUUUCUUCGUCAAAUCGGAGGAGAAGGCUUAACAAAUUAUCCUAUUGGUGUUUGUAUUAACCAAAAUGGCGAAAUUUUAGUAGCAGACAAUCAUAACAACUUCAACAUAACAAUAUUCACUCAAGAUGGACAGUUAGUGAAUGCGUCAGAGAGCAAAGUAAAGCAUGCUCAGUGCUUUGAUGUUGCGCUCAUGGACGAUGGUUCUGUCGUUCUUGCAAGUAAAGACUAUCGCUUGUAUAUCUAUCGUUAUAUGCAAAUCCCUGGCCUUGGUAUUUAACGGAACAAAUCACGUUGUUGUAUUUAAAAUGUUACUCAGUUAUUGCCUUUUGGAACUUUGGCAGCUGUUGCGAAAUGAAACUGCAAAAUAAAAGGAAGCUAUUGGAAGAUAUAUGAAUGUGGCAGGGUUGAUGUUUGAAUAAGCAUUUUCAGUAUUUCACGCUAAGUUGAAUUGUAUACCAAUAUUUAUCUAUAUUACUGUAUUCCACUUGAAAUAAUUACAUAGUUUAGUGAAAACCUUGGAUUGUCCGAAAUAUUAAUGAAAGUUGAUCCUUUCUGUCUAAACUGUUGAAAUAACUCUCCUCUUUUGAAUUUUAGCUGAAGUUACAAGAGACCCCUUCCCUAAGCUUGUCACUGUAAAGGCAGAUGUCACUUGUUAGAGAAGGGGAGCACUUAGAACCCUAUAACUAAAAAAUUUUAAAGUGUCCUCUAACUUUACAGAUGUUACGUUGGAUAUGAGAUUACAUAGUUACUUUAAAAUGAAUAUUUUUUGCAGUUAUCAAAUGGUAUUAUUGGCCUUAGUCAUAUAACCAGCAGCUACUAUUGAUACUUCCAUUGCUUGUUCCGAUAAAUUUUUUGCUAUGUUAAAUAUAAGGAUGUUUUAAUAUUUAUUUAUUGAAAAUGAAAUAACUUUUUAAUGAUAAAUGGUCAAGCCAAAAAUGAAACAUUUCCUGUGAUCUCUUUGAAGAUUGGGGCCACUUGUUGAAAAACAGUUGUUGAUCACUCUGCCAGCCUGAAUUUUUUGCCUUAAUAAAAAUGCUUUUGGACUAUAGCAUCUACCUUUGCCUUUGUGGCCUGGUUCUUGAAUCGGGUCUGUUCUCUUCCAAUAUUGUGCAGGCUUUUUUUUCUCCUGUACUGUCUAUUUAGAUGAACUUCCAGGUUUUUAUGAGUUAUGUUUAACAUGGGUGCCAAUUUCCCUGUUAAUUUUAUUAAACUUUGUGUUGACUUAUUUAUUAUUCACUUCUCGUUCUUAGAUUUUUAAAUAUUGUGUGAAACAUAACCGUUAUAUCAAGAUCUGAUAGUUGCAUCUCCGAGUCUAGUAAAUUUUUGCCUCGGCGUACUCAGUCUGUUGUAUUCCAGAUAUUUAAGCAUUUAACUAGUUAAUUAUGAGCAAUGAAAACAAGUUACAGUUGUGAAUUUGAAAGAAUUAGUUUUGUUUAUUGUUUAAAAUUUGUAAGCUUAAUGAUCGCACUGAUUAAUUGAUGGACCAAGUUAAUGGAUUAAACUGAUCUUUUUUAAUAGCGAAGAUAUUGUAGUGAGGCAUGAUUUGUAUUUGUAUCUUUUAGUUGUAACGUGUCUUGCCUAUACUAUACAAUCAUAUAUAUAAAUAUUAUAUAUAUAUUAUAUAUAUAUAUAAGUCAAUGUUUACUCGUAUGUUACUCUUAACGUGAAAAAAAAAUAGAAAUUUGUAUUUUUACACUGGUCUUUAUAAUACUGUUUAAACAUUGGCCAGUAUGCCAGAGAAAGAGUACUCUUUUCUCCACCAAAGAUACAUUGUUUGAGCACCUUUUUAUAGUAGCAAUAAAUGCUGAAAAUAUUUGUAGAGGGAGAGAUUUUAACUUUCUGUGAAGUUUUGCACUUUUAUUUUUUGUUUUAUAUUUAUUAAAUUGCUUAUUAUAUUGGCAGCAGACUUAAAUUUUUUUUUUAUUAUUUAUGGUUGUGUAGUUGGCAGUUGAUUUAUUGUUUGUUAUUUGUUCAAUUAAGUUAAAUACAAUCAUUCACAUUAGAUGUUUUAAUGAUAUUUCUACCUCGAUGAGUUUUGCAAUAAUUUUAGUUCAUUCCUUUAUUUUUAUUUAUUUCUUAUUUUGUUUGCCAGGUUGGUUUUAAUAAUUAUGGAAUGAUUGUUACUAUUUGCUUAUUUCUUUAAAAUAAAUGAUCUCAAAUUUGAUACUUAUAUCUUAAAAAUUGUAAUAAAUUUUAUUACUAUGUAUUUAAUAUAACUUAUUUUUUUAAUGUUCUAAUUGUUUGUUUUACCACUUGAUUUUUUGACCAUUUACUCAUUUUAGAGUGGUCUUAUAUAUAUAUAUAUGCUUAAUGUUGCACUCACAAGAUAUGUGUGAAUAUAUUCAGUUUUUCAUAAAAUGGAAUUAGCAAUUUUUGCAAAGUGUUCUAGUUGAGUAGUAUGCAUUGUAACUAUUUGUUUUCACAAUGUUUCAGUAUGUAGCCAGUCAGUGCUUUUUUACACCGUGUUUGAGGUAUUUUCUGAUGACAGUAAUUUUUGUACAUGUCUUUUACAGUAAUGUAUGUUGUAAAAAUUUAAAAACAAAAAUCGAAGUUACAUUGGAAUCACAUAUUUUGGUGUUUUAAAAUAGCCUUUUUAAACUUGUUAUGCAGUGUUUAUUUACACGUGCAUUAAAAUGAUUUUUUGCGAUCAAUACAACUAGUUGCAUUAAAUGUUCCGCUGUUAAAAACUUCCAGAGUUUUUGUACCAUAUGAAGCAAGUUUAAUUUUCUGAAAUUUUAAUUUUCGCACAAUGGCUGACAAGUUAGUAAAAAGGAAAUUUAGUAUUGCUUGCACAAUGUUAGAACUUAUUUUUGUACUCUACUGAGACUAUUUUUUCUACGUAUUUUUUGGCCACCACUUUUGUAAUUGCAUCAUGUGAUGGCUAUUUUUUUUUGUCAGCCGCCUGUGCAGGCUCAAUUUUUAUUGUUCUGAAAUUUGACAGAUUUUUUGUGUUAAGUUAAUGGUUAUGCUGUUUUGUUAAUUUUUAUUAAAUUUUUCGUGUGUUAAAAUAUAAAUGUUACUUACAUACUAUGUAUUACAUCAUUAUUCAACAUAUCUUGUAAAAGUGGUAGUGUUUGUAUUGUAUGUGUAGACAAAUUAUAUACCCUUAGAUGUUUAGUCACAAACGCCAGGUCUUCUCCACUAUGCAAUUGCUUCUUCUUUUUCUAGUUUUUUUAGCUUUAGAAUGGAACAAAUUGUAUUUUGCCUUGGCAGUUUUUGAUAAUCGUGUUGAAUAUACAGAUCUGUUAAUUCUCAUGUUGGCUACUUUUUUGAAACAAAAUCUGUUUUUCUGUGGAGAAACCUGUUUUCCAUGAAAAAAAAAAGUAGUUAAAUAUCCUAUAAAUGUGUGUAUUUAUACUGGACAACAAAAACAAAAGUAAAAAGAAGCUUAAUAUUUUAAAAUUGCAUAUAUGAAUCAUUGUGCAUGUGUUGUGAUUGAUUGAAUACAUCUUUAUAGUGGUACAAGAGCUUAUUACACAGUUUUAGUGUACAUUCCAUUUUUUUGAAAUACAGUAUUACACUCUCGAAUUCUGCCAUCACAUGUGACAAAAAAUUACAUUUUUUAUUUAUUUAUUUUUUUUUUUUUUUAGUUUUUCUUUGCAGAUGUCUGUACAUAAUAGGCUUCCAGAGCCUAGAAUGUUGGUAAGGUGCUCAUUAUUGUUUGCCCAAUAUCAGGUGCUUUGUAGUGGAUUUUUUUAAAACUUUUUAAAAUCAUUGAUUGAUCAAACAAUAGGAAGGAAAAGUAUUUUCAUAAGCACGUCAUAGAAAACAAAUUUGAUAAUUUAGCCAUUGUACAUUGAGACCAAUUACUGUUUUUUAAUGUUUUCUUUUACCUGGCUUUACCCAAUUUACCCAAAUAUUUAUUUAUACUUAUUUAUUAAAUCACUUUUGUGAAAAAAACUUAUACAGGCCUGGAAUUGAAUUACCGGCCUCGCUUUCUCAUGACUAGUCAAUAAAGUUAUUAAUUCUGUUGAUUCCUAUUGAAGGAAUGACUUGUUUUGUUGUUAAAUCAGCUGUUAAUAUAAUUUGUCUCUACAUUUUUUAACUUAAAUCCUUUUGAGAAAAAUUUUAUGCACUUAUAGAUAAACUCUAAGUGCCGUGGUAUAUGUUCUGCCACAUCUUUUUUUUCUAAAAAGUCAUUUUUAUUCAUUUGUUUGUUUUAACUUAUAACAUUUCAAUUCAUGAAGUAUGUUUUAUUGUCUUUCAUAUGUUUGUUAUUGUACUACUACUGCAUUAAAUAAAGUAUUUUUUUGUUUUGCUGAA